CCCAUCACCUGCUUUGUCUGUGAUAUGGAUUUCAGUACAGAUUGAUAAAACUAACUUAUCUAAAACUUUUAUGUCAUAUUGUAAGAUAGUUCCUGUAGGCCUCAGAGGAUUAAAAGAGUCAUAAAACUUGGAUCCAUUUCACAGAUGUCAGAAGGACCCCAGAUGAGUACAGCUUAUUCCUAAAGAUGGUAUUUUUUCUUUCUCUUGGCCUUGGGACCCCUGUUCUUCCCAGUUACUAAGUAUGUGAGCCUUAGGGUUCCAAAUAAGUUCAUAAAUUACAACUUCUGUUCCUAGUUUCAGUUUGUCUCAACAGAUUUCCCCUUGGAUGGCAGACACCUCCAAGCGUCAGUUGCUGACUACACUGUUCUGGACGACUGUGAGCUCCAGACUAAAGCUGACAUGGACCAGCCCAGCAGACCUGAUUUGUUCCCUGUAUCUAUGAGGUCAGAUAGCCACACGUUUCUGCCAAUGCCCCAUUGCCCAGUAUUUGAUUAGGCUUUUUGGGGCCCUGACAAUGGUACCCCAAUGCCAGGUUGAAGCAGCUGCAGAAGAAAAUAUGUCAUCCCAUGUUCCCUGUCCAGAGAAGGCUGAAAUGUUGGGUCAAAAGGAAAUUCCCUGGCAUAAGGGCAAGAUGGCCAACUAUAAUGCUCAUUGACAUACCAUGAAAAUAGGUUCAGAGUUGUCAAUUGAUAAACUUAUUAACUGAAAUGGCUCUGCAAUAAGAUAAGAGACUUGACAUUCUUUGUGCAGAACCAAAGUGGUGUAAAAUAAGAUUCUAAUCUGGUUGCACUCAAAGAUCAGAACUACAAGGCCUUAAGAAAGAGAGUAGAUAAAGAUGUCACUGCCCUAGAAAAAUCUAUUAGCUAAUGGUUUGUAGGUCCCCAAACCCUUGCAUCUCUGGACAGGUAGGAGUCAUGAUUGAGCCCUAUCUUUGGUACCUGUGAAGUGGGGAAUGUUGAGGGUCCCCAGCACAGCUUGACCACACAGCAGCCAUGACAGGCUUAGGUGUCCAGAUACUGCUUCUGUGACUGGCUUACUGGCAGGCAACCCCCAGAUCCAGGAAAAGCCAAAAAAUGACACCACCCAGGGAUCAACUGAGGGAUGAAAAAUAACAUGCCAACCAUUAGAUAAGGUGGCCAGAUAUCCCUGAGUCUAGCACAAACCUAUUUUUGUUUUGCAGAUACCCCCAGACAAUUGUCAGACAAUCAGGGUCCCAAACUCUGGAAAUGCCCUCAUCCUAACCUCUGCUAUGAUAAAAACUCUAUCCUUACUCAGCUUAGAGCUCUCUGUUGUCACCGCUGUGAGGGACAGAGACUGAGCUUGAAAUAAAGGCUCUUUGCUUUACAUGUGGAAUUAGAUCUCCAUGGAGGUCUUCUGGGGGUUCCCAUGAUCUGGGAAUAACAGCUGAGAGAUUGUGUGGAUAAUCAGUACACACCACCACAACCACAACUACACCUCAUACCACCACCAUCAUCACCACAUCCACUAUAUUCCUACUAAGGAAAACACUUAACAACCACUUAAUAUCCUACCAACUUCUUAGAGACACUGCCACUUCUCAGUUUGUGGAGCAGGAAGGAAGUAGACUCUGACUGAGAGUGAGAAAGCAAGAGAAACUCCAUUUUAAAGAAAACUUCAUGUCUAGAAAUAAUAAGAUAAAAGCUGAACCAAGUUUCAGAGACACAGACACCCACCUAAGACUCCAGUCAAGGCUACUCCCUGCCCCCAGGGUGGGUAAGCUGCUGGCCAAGAAAUAGCUAAAACAAAGGCUUAGUCCAUCAAAGUCUCCAACAGUACUGGGAGAGUCUCCAAACGUCUUUGGUUUUCUAUAGUUCUUCUCUUGGCUAAAUGUUCCUGUUGACUGAAGUGUGACCCUGAAAUAGGAAGGCUUGUACCCCUUAGCCUGCAGUUUUUCCCUUUAAAACUCCUUCAUUCUGAGAGCCCAGGGCUGUCCUCUUUCACCUGGCUAGCCAGUGUGUUGGACGUGGACAAAGCCCGGGGUUACAUAUUUUAAUAAACCCCUUUGUACUUGCUCGGGAUAUUGGCUCUGUGGUGGUCUUGCUUGGGGGUCUUGCUACAUGGGCACAAGAGGAGGCAGGAAUACUGGCUGGGUUCUGUCAACUUGACACAAGAGUCACAAGGGAGAGGAAACUGAGAAAUUGCCUUCACCACUUUGUCCUGUGGGCAUGGCCAUGGGCCACCUUCUUAAACACAGAUAAGGCCCUUCCAGCUCCCUGUGGGCAGUGCCAGCCCUGGACAGUGGUCCUAAAUCAUAUGAGAAAGCAAGCUGAGCAAGUCAUGGAGAACAAGUCAGUAACUUUCCCCUAUGGUUCUUGUUUCUGCUCCUGCUUGAGUUCUUACCCUGACUAUCCUCAGUGAUGGGCUUUGAAUGGAAUAUGCAAGCUAAAUAACUCCUUUCUUCCUAAGAUGUUUUUGGUCAUGGUGUGGGACAGCAGGCAGCUGGAUGGUGGUCCCACCACCCAUAAAGAAACCAUAAAGUGCCCUAGUCCAUUGCUUUAGGCAGAGGAGGAGCGGCCUGUGAUGGAGAAGAUGAAUAGGAUUCAGAAGAUGGGUCAGGACAGAGUGGCCAUUUCACUUUGGUCCCUCAGUUCCCACCAGUCCUUAUGAGCUAGUUUAUGUUUGUCUCAAAGACAACAAGUGCUUGGCCUCUGAUUGAGAGACAUGAUCCUGUCCCCCAAAUGGAGUGACUCUCAGGAACUGUGAGAUAGGAAUGACUGGAAACUGUUGGAGAAGCAGACAGGAGGCUGCAGCCAUGCUCUAGGAGUUGUCCAGGACAAUGGUCCUAAGGUCAAUCAGCACCCAGGAUCACAAGGUAGAAAUUCAGAUCUCUUAUCUAUAAGGAGCUCAGUCAUCAUAGGAGUUUCCCAGAACUCCUUGAGGUCAACAGGCAUGACAGGAACCUAGAGCCCUUCCCCACUCCCAACCUCCUCACUUCCUCCUCAGAUAGAGUAAGUUCAUGCCCAGAGAUGCCAGGGGGCUUCCUCCUAUUCUCUCGGAGUUCAUAUUUAAUGUGACCUUUAGUCAACACUGGAAGCAAACCGCUGGGCCAGGCCUGGGACAAACAGGUUCAGGCUAGAGAGUGGCCAAGCACUCCCCAUGCCAUGGAUCUUCCUGCCUUUAGUCCCCUGCUGGUCCGAAGAACAGACUGUAAACAUGGCUUUGACAAAUCCCUAAUGACUUUGCCUCUCUACAGGAGACCUGUUCAAAAGGUACCUAAUCCUCAAAAAGCCAGAAAUGGUUUGAGGUACACAGAAGCCAAGGACAAAGGCCACUGAAGACUGUGCUGGCUGUAAUGUGCUGGCUGUAAUUUGUAGAUGAGAUAAUAUCCAUCUGUCUGUCUGAUCCACUGAAGCAGAAGCUGGUGGAGACUAACUUCAUUUUGAUGAGAAGGAGAAAGGUACCUGGGGCAAAACAUGAAGCCAGCCACUGUGGGCUAUAGAUAGCCUGCUGCGAUUGGUCAAUUUCUCACUCUGGCCUCACAAGAAGCAACUUUGAGGCAUGAGGGUCCUGUAUAUAAGGCCCUGGGCUGGGCUGCAGCUCUGUCCCUACAGAGCAGGGAGCUAACUUAGGUGACCUGUGGGACUCUCAUAGCUAUCUGGUUAGCUGUUGAGCUGAGACGUUGCCACCACCUGUCUGCACGGGAGCACAGUGACCACCUAGCCUCAUGGACUGCCACCCCAACACCAAGAGCCUGAACAGCCAAUAUAUGGUCCUAUUUCCCAUCGGCCAUGGUGCAUUUGGCUCUGUGCAGCUGGCCUACCAUCGCCUCACAGGCAUCCCGGUGGCAAUCAAAGUGAUAGAAAACCUCGAGGAGGACCUCCAGUUCAUCGUAUCUGAGAUGAUGGCCCUGGAAAGACUGCACCAUCCCAACAUCAUUCGCCUCUUCCAGGUGCUGGUAGCAACAGAGCAAAUCUACUUCAUCACGGAGUUUGCCCCGGGAGGAGACUUGUUCCAAAGAGUGACGGAGGAGGGCAGGCUGCAGGAGGAAGUGGCACAGAAAAUAUUCGGGCAGAUCCUGUCAGCCAUCAAGUAUUGCCAUGACCUGAACAUCGUCCAUCGAGAUCUGAAGCCCGAAAAUAUCCUCUUUGAUGAAGAGGGCAACGUGAAGCUGGCAGACUUUGGCCUCGCCACCAGUUGGAGAGCUGGAACACUACUACACCAGCAAUGUGGGACCAAGAGCUUCAAUGCCCCAGAACAGGUCCUGGGGUUGGGCUAUGAUGGGAAGAAGACAGAUGUGUGGAGUCUGGGUGUGCUACUGUAUUUGAUCACCACCGGGAACCACCCCUUCCAAGGAGACACUAUGGAAGAGAUCGAGGGGAAGAUCGUCACAGGCACCUAUGAUAUUCCAGCUCACGUCUCUGGGCAACUGGAAAAUUUAAUUCACCAAAUGUUGACAGUUGCCCCAGAGAGGAGGCCCUCCAUUGAAGACCUUCAGCAACAUCCAUGGGUUAUGAAGUGGAAAGAAAACAUCCCAAGUGAAACCUUGUUAGAUCCCAAGGUUUUAGACACACUCUCUGACCUUGGCUUUAAUAUGAAUGACGUUUUGGAAUCCCUGCAAAAAAACAGAUACGAUGAGUUGAUGGGGACAUACCUAAUAAUCAGAGAGCAGGCCCGCAAGGGGCUGCCCCUUGAGUUUGGCUGCAACACCUCAGUCACGUCUGUGGACGUUGGAGCUGCGCCUCCUGUGUCCCUAGUAUGUCCCUCUGUCUCUGGUCUUCCCCCAAAACGGAGGGCCAGUGAGCCCACCUUUGGCCUCCUCCACACCCAGCCCUCACACCAGCCCCUGUCUGUUGUGCCAGCAGCCCCAGGGCAGAAGGUGGCCAGAAGUGCCUCCAUGCCUGUACAUUAUCCCCAGAAGAAGAGCCCCACGUGGAGCUCUGCCGCCCUAUCCAGAGGUGAGACUUCUCUGAGUGUCUCCAGCAGCAUAUCAGAAGAAGAAACUCCUCCGUCACCUGGAAAUGACUCUGACAUGGAAAAUGCACUGAACCCUCAGAACAUCGGGUGCUUCCAGAGACUGUACAAGAGAAUCAGGGCCUGCUUCUCCAGAUUUUGCUGCUUCUCGGGGGAUCAAGAGACACAAGUCCAGCCCAUGUUCAACAACAAAGUGGCUCCUGCGACAGAGACAGGAUGAAGAGCCCAAGGAACUGGGCAUGCAGGUUUGAGAGGGUGCAUAUGUGCUUUGCAUUUUAUUUUCUCUGCCUUUUCAUCAAAAAAUCAGAAAUGUACAUGUUUGUUUUGUGGGGUCCAAUGGGAUGUUCAGAUGUAUUUCUACACCAGCUGGAUUAAACCCUAACACUUAGCAUACCUCCUCAGGAAGAAAUCCUGCUGGAACAUACUCAGGUGGUGUCUGAUGUAACUGAACUAGCAGAAGACACAAAAGACUGUGACCGGAGUGAGGUGGGUGGUGGGUGGGGUGCUAUGGAGCUUUGUCCACAGGGAACAGAUGUUCAUAUAGAAGACUCUGCUUGGGGAUCUAGGGCCUGAAAGAAUGACUAUGGUCAAAGCCCAAAGGGCAACUUCUACGUCCCCCUACAGUUCAACUGGACAGGCAGAGUGUGUCAAGUCCUGUGAGGCCUGAUGUCACAUUGAAGAGGUCAACUGUGGGAGGCUGAGCUGGAUCCCAGUUCCUGCAUACCUGGGCACCCAGUCUAGACGAGAUGUCUGCAUUAUCACAGCACUCUCUACCGUGGCAUUCCAGGAGAAUGUCCUCAAAGGACAGAGGUUGAUUACAAAAGAUCCAUCAAUUUCCAAUCCUCAGUCUUUCACAUCUGAGGAGCCUGGAGGAGGAGACUCUACUGAUCUUUUCAUGGCGGUCAUGUGACCUAGAUCCUUGUAUUUCAUGGGCAUUGUGUUCUCAAUUGUGGGAUCUUUGACUACAAAGGCAGGUGGUUUAUUGUUGCUGAGGGUCAUGCCUGACUAGAGCAAGACUUUACUAGAAAAACAAGGUCAAUUCUCUCACCUAAGCAAGAGAUGGAGAAGGGAUGUGAGGCCAUCGUGUGUAAGGAAGAAAAGUCCCGAUGGAAUCCUAUGUGAUGAUCUGGUGCCUGGCUGAGGGACUAUGGUCAAGGCUCAAAGGGGACACCUCGAGAUCUCCCUGCAGUUCAGGUGAACAGACAAGAAGUAAUGAACUCUGACCUACAUUCUGAUAGCACAGAGUCGGGCAUCAACCAGGUCUGGACACAAGCAUCUGCAGAUGAAAGUAUGGAUAGUUAGUGUCUCCUGCUGCAUGUCCAGUUCAUGGGACACUGGGCAACCAAGAAGUCAUUGUGAUUAUAGUGACACAGGAGUCUCCACGGGGACCUAACUCCAUUCUCAAGAGCAGAGGAAACUGGGAUAGCCAUCCAAAGCAUCUGAUGAUCAGGCAAGAAGCACUCAUGGUGUCUUUUAGCCACACAUGCCAAGAAGAAAAUAAACUCUUUCUCAUAGGACACUAAUGCGGACCCUUUUUCUCCUACCUUCCUACAUGUAUUCUAUGUCCAAUCACCCAGAAGAAAUUUCCCUACAGCACUCACAGUAGAACCAUGCUCCAGAUUUUGGGAAACACAGUUGGGAUGGGUUUCUGGGCCUCUCUGUCCUCCCAUGACUUUAUGGACAUUUAUAAUGUGUGCAGUCUCUGGAAGGUCGUGUGCAGGCUGGGAUUGAGCUGGGGCUUUGCCAUCAUCUAAUGCAGAAGCCCUUGUGCCAAUAUGUGAUCCUGUUGACAAGGCUGUUCUGCUCUUCAAGCCGAUGGUAUGAUUCACCUGUCUCCAUAUAAACACAGCCCAGCAUGCCCUUACUUUGUGCUACUGUUAUUAUGGUGACGUUAAGAGAAAGGACUUUGACAGUAGGAAGUAGGAUGGGAAGACAACAUGAGGACCAGCUGUACCUGGGAAGUAGACAGCGAAACCACCAAUACCCCCUUCAGACCUGCUUUCUAUAAUGGUGUCCUUGUACUGAAGCUCUGUCAUAGAGAAGGCAACAAUUUCUCCCUGAAACUCCUUCAGCCUUCAUUCUGAGUCUUCUAGAUGGGAAGAACCUGGAGGAGGGUCUCAGAUGUGUCAGAGGGUGGCCCUGUGACCUGGGUCACUACAUCUCUUGGGAUUUUGUUCCAGGUGUGGGCUGUGUGACAGAGCUGGGCCCACAGUUCUAGCCAUGCAGUCUCUUCAUUACUUUCUGGAAUGUGCCUGCUCCUGGCAUGUGCCUGCUCCUGGCAUGUGCCUGCUCUUGGCAUGUACCUGCUCCUGGCAUGUGCCUGCUCCUGACAUGUGCCUGCUCCAGUCCUUAUGCAGCACCCUGGGAGAGGUUCUUCCUCCACAGUCCUGAUGGUCACCAUUCUUACCUACGAAGAAUUUGAGAGAAGACUGCAUCUGAGUUUUGAGGCCAGCUUCUGGGCUUCCUUUGUGCAAUGAUCUGAGCUGUUCUUUUGUCAGUUGUCAUUGGAUGGAUAUGGCCUUGUGACACGCCCUCAGGAGGGGCUGGAUCACAGGAUCGGUAGUCUGGUCUUCAAGCUGUCCACAGGGAGCUGGCACUCUGGCAGAGGCCAGGACAAUCAUGAAGACAAAGGUGCUGAGUUGGGGAACCUAAUGGACAUGAAGCAGUGUCAGAACUUUCUGGAGAAGUCUGUGACUGCUCUGCGGGAGUGGGAGCCUUGACCUUGGCCCACACAUGUGCUGUUCUCCUUCUUUGGAUGCCAGUCAGGACAACGAGAUCUCUGUCCCUCAGAAUUGCCUUGGUUGUUGAUUUAGGGAAUCUCCCACACCUCAGCUUAGUUUUCUAGCUUUAGAUCAUAUUUAAUCUUCGCAUUGUAGAUGAUUUACCCCUGUUCUUUAUGCCCAGUUUACAUUACCAAACUUAAUAUGGUUGUAACAGUAAGUAUGCAAUGUUUUAGGACAUGGCUACCCCCAUUGGCAUGCUCAGAGCCUUUGCCCAAGGGUGUUCUUAUACACCUGUGAAGAGAGCAAGCCAGGAACUUGUAUCCUUACUCAGGGAUGAGAACAAACUAAAUCUCAGAGCAUGACUUGCCACAGUGUGGUCCCUGAGCCUGGAAGCUCCUAGCUCCACUGUUCAAGCGUCUUUGUCUAUUCUGUGUUGGGACAUUUUCCAUUCCUUACUUGGUAGUGUCCACAGACCCUUCUUUAGAGACUGGAGUCCAGAAAGCCCAGGGCAGGGUUUCCAGCAGGACACUGACCCAUGUUGGUUGUCCUGGCUUCCAUCCCUGCUUUCACCAAUCACUAUUCUCAUGUCUGUCCUUAGAGCUGGUCUGCUCCCGUGCCCUGCACUGGGUGAGGAGGUUGGGAGCAAGCGUCAAAUGAAUGAAAUACAGGCUCUGGAUUCUCUCAGAAAGCCUGCAUCAGACCCCCGAGGCUCUGAGAAGCCGACAACCUGGUCAAGAACAAAUAUUCUCGGAGGCCAUGAAGACAAGUCCUAUCUCCCAGAAGACAGGUCAAGGUGUUGCUGUCAGAAGGGCAGGUGAUAUGAGCCAUUCAGAACUUCACUAUGAAACAGAGCUAAGACUCAGAUUACUUUUCCCACGGUCUUCCUCAGUCUCAUCUUAGAACUGAAGAUCACCCAGGACAUCCUCUUUUCCUUGAAGUGUGAAGAACAGGGUACUUAGUGUGCUCGGGACUGCCUGGGAACGGGUGUCCUUUCGAGGAAGACAUCUGACCACCAGGUGGAAGGCACUCAAGUGACCCCAGCCUGAGGAAAUGUUCCACACAAAACAUUCAGGAUGGAUCUUACUACCUCAGAGACACCUCUCCAGAAACACCCUCAGAUAUGUGCCCGGAUUUCUGCCUCUUAAGAAAACCUAGUUCCUACCACAC